AUGUGCGCCGCCAAGUUGGGCUUGCAUUGCAUAUCCCUAGCAGUAAUUGAUACUACCAAGUUAGGAAUCUGCAGCAGAGUGUUAAGACUGCUCACCAUUCUUCUCUCAAGGUCUAUCCACUACAGCCCAACGCUAGUUUAUAUGAGCACAGACAGGAGAGGAAAAAACUUAUUAUCAGAUAUGGGUAGCUGGUUGCCAUGGGGAUCAUUGUCUUUGACGCUGUUUCUCUUGUUGCACUCCAUGCUUACCUUGUCCUCUGGCUGCUUCGUGGAGGAGAGAGCUGCUCUGCUGGACAUCCGGUCUUCUCUGAUAAGAGCGCAUUCCCCGAUUGCGCUUGAUUCAUGGGGGAAGGAUGGUGAUGACUGCUGCUCGUGGGAGCGUGUGAAAUGCAACAAUACAACACAGCGAGUGUCUCACCUCGACCUUUCCUCUGUAUAUUUCACGAUGGAUGUAGACGAUCGUUGGUAUUUAAACUUUACAGUGUUUUCUGCAUUCCAUGAGCUUCAGUACCUAGAUCUAUCUUACAACUAUCAGUGUUCACUAAGCUCGGAAGGGUUUGUUGGACUAGCCAAGCUUCGUUAUCUCAACCUCAGUGACACUAUGUGGGAAGUGGGUUUCCCGGAAUUUAUAGGAGAAAUUGUCUCACUGGAAGUCUUAACUCUCAGUGGUAACAGAAUGACCGGAGGUCUUCCGGACGCAGCUGUUAAAAAUCUUAGGAACUUGCGAAUAUUGAAUAUGUCCUGGAGUAACUUCAACGGAAGCCUACCGGAAUCAUUAUUCUCACUUCCUCAUCUAAAGAUCCUAGAUCUCUCCAUAAAUAACUUCGGUGGGCAUAUUCCAAUCAGUUCAUCCUCUGGACCAAUUUUAUUUGAAGUGUUAGAUCUCAGCUAUAAUAACCUCAGUGGAAAUCUCCCAGUUACAGCCUUUAAAAGCAUCAGGAACUUGAAAUUGCGUAAGAACCAAUUCAGUGGAUCUUUCCCCGCGUCAUUAUUUGCACUUCCUCAUCUGAAGUCCCUAGAUCUCUCAUAUAAUAAUUUGAGUGGAGCUCUUCCGACUGGACAAGCAUUUGAAAGUCUACAGAACCUACGAGAGAUGUAUCUGAGUUCCAACCAAUUCAUCGGAAACAUCCCAACAUUCUUGUUUUCGCUUCCACAUAUUGAACAGUUAAAUCUCUCAACUAAUUAUUUUGAAGGACCAUUUCCAAUAAAUCCAUCUUCGGACCUUUCAUUGUCGCUUAAGAGUCUUCGGUUCUCCCAAAACAAUCUGAGUGGUAGACUUGCUUUCGUUUGGCUUGGAAACCUCACAAAACUUGAAGAGAUAGAUCUUUCAGGCAAUGCUAAACUAGUUAUUGACGUCAAUAUUCCUGGAUGGACACCUCCGUUCCAGUUGAAACAGUUAUUGCUCUGUGGUUGUGAUCUUGACAAGAACAUUAUUUCAAGACCAGAAUUUUUAGGCACACAGCGUCACUUAAAGGUGCUUGAUUUGUCCAACAAUAACUUAUCAGGUAGCAUGCCAAAUUGGUUAUUUACAAAGGAAGCGACACUACAGGAUCUAAAUCUUAGGAAUAACUCGCCAACUGGAUCCCUGGACCCAAUUUGGCAUACCCAAUCUUCUCUCAGCCAUAUCGACAUACACAUGAACCAUGUCACAGGAGAGCUGCCGGCCAACCUCAGCUCAAUGUUUCCAGUUUUGUAUGAUCUAGAUUUUUCUAUUAAUGACUUGUUUGGGCACAUACCAACGUCAAUGUGCGAGAUCAGCUCCAUCGGAUAUUUAGACCUAUCAAACAACAAACUUUCUGGGGAGGUUCCAGCUUGUGUUUUUACUAAUUAUCCGGAGCUAUCCGUCUUGAAGGUCUCAAACAACAAGCUUGGUGGUCCGAUUUUUGGUGGGAUGAAUAAUCUGUCCAAUAUAUAUGAAUUGCGCUUGGAUGGUAACAAAUUUAAAGGGACAUUGCCUCAUGAUCUGGCAGGAAAGUUAGUAAGAGUCAUUGAUUUGCAUGAUAACCAGCUGUCUGGCGAACUCAAUGUGUCAUUUUGGAAUAUGUCUUAUUUGAGAGUCCUGAAUCUUGCUGGCAACCGUAUAACCGGCAAAAUUGACCAACACAUUUGUGGCUUCACAGAAAUUCACCUUUUAGAUCUGUCGCGCAACAACCUUACAGGGUCUGUACCAAACAGUUGCUUCAUAGUGCUGAAUUUUCUUAACCUUACUGGGAACUCAUUAUCUGGCGAUAUCUCUUUUCCCCUUUUCAACACAUCAAGUCUAAUUGCUUUGGAUAUCAGACACAAUCAGUUCAUGGGCAACGUCAAUUGGGUAGGUUACCUUGAAAACAUUAGGCUACUUUCACUGGGUGGAAAUAAGUUUGAAGGGCAGAUCACUCCAAACCUGUGCAGACUCAUGUACCUGAGGAUAAUAGAUUUGUCCCAUAACAAGCUUUCAGGUUCUCUGCCAGCUUGUAUCGGUAAUAUCUCUUUUAAAGGUGACACAAAUGAUCAAUUUUUUCAGCCAGCAAAUGAGAUUACGUGGGUGUCGGACGACUACACUACUUCCUAUGAAUUAAUGUACUUCACUUUUGCUACCAAAGGGAAUUUCUACACAUACGGCCGCAGUUUCUUUGUUUCAAUGUCUGGCAUCGACCUAUCUGCAAACAUGUUGGAUGGAGAAAUUCCUUGGGAGCUAGGAAAUCUUAACCAUGUCAAAUCCCUUAAUCUGUCAUACAAUUUAUUUGUUGGACCAAUCCCAACAACCUUUGGCAGUCUGAAGGAUAUAGAAAGCUUGGACCUCUCCCACAAUAAGUUGAGUGGACCGAUACCUUGGCAGUUAACCCAGUUAUCUUCUUUGGGGGUGUUCUCUGUGGCAUACAACAACUUGUCGGGAUGUAUACCAAACUCUGGUCAGCUUGGCUCAUUCAGCAUGGACAGCUACGUAGCCAACACUGACCUUCACAAUAUUACACAGGGGAACAUGUGCGCUCCCGGUCCAGAUCCCGUGGUAGAGGAAGAUGUGGGAGAGGUGCCUAGUGACCCAGUCCUAUACAUAGUCACGGCUGCCUCAUUCGUGUUGGCAUUUUGGGCCAGUGUUGCGUUCUCAUUUUGCCAUCCGCACGGGAGGACUAUAAUCCUCAAGCUGUAG